CAUUUACAAAGGCUCGGAUUUGUAUUGCCCACAGCGUUAACAGACACAUAUAGUGGCGGUCGUAAUCCGAGCAGCCAGAGUCGGUAUAAGGCAAGAUCGUCACCGACGUGCCGUGUGGCGUCCGUCUUGCUUUUUACCACCGAUGUUGAGCAUCGUUACCCAUUCGCGGCGCGUCUGGCAGGGAGUAAUGCCCCACUGGCAUGAAGCGAGUCUGUUGUGCAACAGGUCACGGUGCCAAGCUACUAAAUUCGAGGCUGCCUCUUUGCCGCACAGAAAUAUUUCAAGUGCAAAUACAAGUCGAACAAAACUCGCGGACGUUGCUGUGUUCUGGGACUAUGACGAUUGCCCAUUACCUUCAGGCAAUGGAGGAGCGUCCAUUGUACGCGCGCUCGGGCAAUAUGCUAGAAGUAUGGGCGUAGUAUCCAGCUUUCGUGCAUACAGCCGACUUGUGCCUUUGAGCGCCAAGAGUGCGAUGAUGCGCAGAGGCGGCAUCACUAUAUGCGAUUGCGCUUGUGAUAGCAGGAAACAAGUUGUUCAUAGCUCCAUGAUCGCUGACAUGUUCCGGUGGACCUUCGACCGACCAGCUGCUGAUGCUUCUAACGUCAUGAUAGUCAUCACAGCAGGCAGCAGCUAUGCUGAUGCAGUCUCCACAUUGUCGCUGAACGGCUACACUAUGGUCGUGUUUGCUCCCCUUUCGGCGCACGAGAAGUUGAGAGCGGUACAAAGUGCUGCGUUAUUAGAAUGGACGGAUGCUUUAUUCGUGAAGGCACAUGCUUCUGAACAGAAUUCCUCCAGGCUGAAUGGUCCCAACCAUGCACAGGAAAACCCUCUUGUGCUUGAAAAGAACAUACAAUUUUUACCAUCAACGUCUUCAUCAACGACAGAUGGACAGCAUGCCUCGCUCUCUACAAUCACGCCUGUCAAUGUGGGCGCGGUAUCGACAUCGCACUCCCCAGCCAACAUACAUACGGAACACUCUCUGCAGUCAGAGCAAUAUCCACACUACUUCAAUCCCCUCGUGCAGAUCCUGCGACAACACACACAGGGAGAUCAAUUCACGUGGUUCCAACGGGUUGCGUCUGCACUUAAAGCGGAUAUUAACGAUAUAUACAAGCAGGCUGGCGUCGACAGCUUCAAAAACUACAUACACAUGGCGCAUCAAGCCAGGGUCGUUGACUAUGAUGACGUGAACAAGUUGAUGGGGAAACGCUACUUACGUUUGCAUCCUCGUUUGCGAUGAUGUGACUUCCGUGCAUAAGGUUUCUUGGAAACAUGCUUGUAGAUUCAUUUCUCCAAUAAUCCAGUACGUCCCGGAGAUCGAGGUGAUUUGACGGCUGCGGGAUGAAUGAUCUAGAAGUACGGUCAUGCGGUAUUGAGAAAUAGCAUAGUAUCACCACCCCAUUGAAUAUGCCCUA